CUCGAUAAAACCCUCUCCUUUAAAGCCUAUAUCGAAAACAGGGCCGUAAAAGCCCGAUCUAUAGCCGGAUAUAUCCGAGGCCUAAACCGAGUUUACCGCGGUGCACCACCCGUAGCUAUACGUAAGGCCACCUAUAUAAUCGUGAUCCCUAAAGCCCUUUUCGGCGCGGAGAUAUAG